ACCGCGGGUUUUGAUGGUUACGCUACGGUUUCACAUGUAAAUGGGCAAUGAAAGAUAUCUUAAGAACUUCUUAUUCUUACUUGAAAAGAAAAAUUAGACCUUCCUCCAUAUCACUUUUUCCAAAGCCUACAAUCUUCAGUGUGUUUAGGAAGUCAAAGGUAGUCGACUCUUUGGACUCUAUUCGAAAUCCUCCAGCGACAACGCAGUUUGCGUUAAAAAAUGCUUAUAUACCACUCACACGUAGGGCACUCGUUCGAGAACUAUUACAGGAUAGUAGUACAGUAUUACCAUUCGAAAGAAAAAGCUUCGAGAAAAUAGCUGUCUUUCUUGAUAGAAAGCUGGAAAGUCAGUUUCAAAUUCUUCAGAGUGAAUUUUCGGUUCUAUCACAUCCUCUUGAUGUUUCAAAUAAUUCAGAAAGGACCAGUUCGUCUUCUGUUGAUACAGCUAAUAAUUCGAAUGAACUUGACCGAGAAUUCUGGCUUCUUCGUCGGUUAGCAGAUAUUGCUCCUAUAGCUGGCUUUACUGAAAUACCUCAACAACAAUUACAAAAAGCAUGUAACUCAAUUAAAUCAAAACAUCAUGGUUUAAUAGCUUAUGUCGAUCCGGACGAUUAUGAUGUACUUCGUUUUUGGAUUCGUGGAUUUCAUCCAAAUUUUAGUGCUACUCCAGCUUGUUCUACUAUUUUCAAUUUAACUGAUUCCAUAUCGACCCACUAUGAACGUAAACAAGGCACAUUUAAAAAAUUAUUCAUACGAAUUUCUCAACUGUUUAAUAUAUUGGAACGGUCAAUAAAACGUAGUUAUUCUCCAAAUAUGCAUGGUUAUGAAUCGGUGGAUUCAUUCACUGCUAAAUCGGAUGGAUUUUAUUUCAGUCGAGUAUUAAUGUGUGUUCGAAGAAAAAAUAGUCAUAAUUUAGAUUUGAAACUGUUCGAAAAUGUACCUGUUACAGGAAUUGUACGUAAUUCAACUUUUGCUGAUAAUCUCUUAUAUCUUUUGCCGAAUUUACGUACAAUUCCACUGAGUAAAAGUUCACGUUUAGUUAUUUUAUUAAGUACAACUACAGCUGUAUGUUGUUUAGGUGUAAUUAGUCCUAUCGCUUGGUUAUUUAAUUCAACUAAUUAUGAUUUAGUAUUAGCUUGGUCUAUGGCUGCAACUUCUUGUGCCAUUACUACACUAUCCAUUGUAUGGGUUCGUUAUUGGCGUGCACAAACCAAUUUAGCCAAUAACUUAAAGUAUAUGCAAUAUCUUUAUUGUCAAAGUUCUGGACUACAAUCAAUCAAUACUUUGUUGAAAUUGGCGCAUGAACAAGAAUUUAAAGCAGCUUUACUUACAUAUGCUUUAUUGUUAAGACCUACUGACAGCAAUACUGCAUUAACUCCUGUACAGUUGGGUUUUCGCGCUGAAUCUUGGAUUGCUAAACACUUAUCACCUCAAUCUCAUAUUUCAUUACCAUCUUCAAUUGGUGCACCUAUCACAGGUGAUUCUCCUGAUUCACAAUUUAACGGUGGCUCUGGUCCAUUAUUCGACUUAUCAUUUGAUGCAAAUAGAUCUUUACAAAUAUUACGACGUUUAGAUCUGGUUCGUGGAUCGAACUCAUUACCAAAUGCAGUUAGUCCUGAUACAGCAUCUGUAGAUAUUCCAAAUGAUGGUUUAUCUAAUUCAAUUGGAUUAGAUCGUCUCUGGGUAACGGAUCCAUUGUUUAAAGAAUCAGAUUUAAAUUUGUCAAAAGCAAAUUAAUGUUAAUUUUCAUAGGAUCUUAAUUGAAUUUAUGGGUAUUUUUGUUAUUAGGACAUAUUGACUAAUCUCUUCUCUAGAACAUAGAUAUGUACUUGUCAAAUGUCUUUUUUUUUCUUUACAAUAGCAUACAACAUUUAACGAACAAUGAAAAUAUCUUAUUUAGUUAUAGUAUAGGAACAUUUCGGUUUUGUAUUGUAAACUAUUUUUAAUGCAAACUAUAAUGAAUUACAUAUUGCUCUCCGUUAUUUUAUAGAAAAAAAAACAAAAUAUUUUACUCUCUAAUCAUCGCCAUUCAUCAUUUGUUCUUUAAUGAAUUGUCCUUAAUGUUAUAUGAAGCUAAUGAACCACAAAAUUUGUUGUAUAUUACUUCUUUUCUGCAAACAAAAUUUAGUGUCAACCAUUCACUCUUUAAAUUCGUGCUUACAUGUUAAUUUCAAAAUGUUUAUUCAGUGAAAUGUUGCCCUCUUUGUUAGUUUAUGAUUUCAGAAAAUAUAGUGUAUAGAAAUAUU